UAACCUUUCUCAUGUUUUGCAGUAUGGCAUCAAAGAAAAUUGUUUCUAACCUGCUCCUUGAAGUCGACAAAUUAUCCGACACUGAACGCUUGCUUCUCUACUACAAGUUACCCCUGGGCAGGUCUACUGAUAUAGAUCCUUUGAGAAUGCCGUUAAAUCCUCUUGGAAGUCGACCGGAAAUCAUGCAAACGGUUGUUCGGAUUCAAACUCAUUUGGAGGAAGAUGUUGAGGUGUCGCUUCCCAAACAAGAGGUCUAUGAAGAAUACGGGGCCUAUUGUACUGAAAAUGUCAUAAAACCGUUCUCCACUGCCGACUUUGGAAAAGUUAUGAAGCAAGUGUUCCCUAAUGUUAUUUCCCAAUACAAAGUG